GCCACAGCAACCAGAGCAGCAACUGUCAGCACACGUCUUCAGACUUCAACUCUACCAAGGAGUAAAACAUGGCACCCACACUGCAGGAGUGUAUGGAUAACCUCGUUGAUGUGUUCCACUCCUACUCAAAAAAGUGUGGAGACAAAUACACGCUGAACUACACCGAGCUGGUGAUCCUGAUAAACAACGAACUGAGUGCUUACUUGGGUACCAAAAAGAAUCCCCGCAGGGUGAGUGAGAUCAUGGCUAAAAUGGAUAAGAACAAGGAUGGAAAAGUGGAUUUCCGAGAGUUUGUCGCCAUUAUUGCUGACCUCACUGCCGCCUGCCAUGACUUCUUUGAGCAAACUGAUAAGAUCUUGGGGUAGAAAUACGGUCGCUCAGAGAGUAACAUCUCAUCACAGCCAGUGGCCUCCUAAGUAAUCAUAAGUCAUGCUGGAUGUAAAUUUCUGUGUAAUUCCUCACUGAUGACACCUUGUAAUGUUGUAAAGACGGAUCAUUGUUAACCAGUGUCACAAGUCUUCAUCUUAAUAAAGAUGUUCACUCUU